AUGAAAGAAGGACAGAGAAUGCAGAAUACAAAUAAGAUGCAAAAAAAUAGAGAUCUAUCCAUUUACAUUGGUAAUUUGCCAUACGGUUGCCAAGCAUUGAAUGUUGUCAACCUUUGCAAGCAAUACGGAAAUGUAACGGAAGCACAUGUAUUAAGCCGAAAAAAGAAAAAAAACGUCAAGGUCAAGGGUUCAGCAUUAUUUGCAUUUGUUUACGUUGAAACACAGACAUGUGUAGACGCUAUCGUUCAGGCACUACACUGCUCCGUAUAUGAAGGAAACCGGUUGAUCGUUGAAAAGCGUCAUCCAGCCAAACCAGCCGUAUGUAAUCUCACUCAGACGCAAGAGAAAGAGGAUCCAGGCUUAGCGAAACUGGACUUUCAAUACAAGGAAGCUUUAUGUCUCAAGGAGAUACAAAUAAAACAAACGGAAGCUCUCUCAGAAAAACACAUGGAACAAGGUAAUGGCCAAAGUCAAGACGGUGAACAAGAAAUGAUAAAAAGAGACGGAGGUGGCACUAUUUAUUCUAGCAUAGAAAGAGAGGCCCGUGAACCAAACAUAAGCUAUGUUUCAAGCAAAAAAAAUAAUUUAUGCUCGCUGCAAAUGAGUCCACUCAAUAUUCCGAACUUCGCACAAGAAAGCUCAGUUGUGCAGAAUGAACAAAAAGCACAACAACUCAACACUGAGCUACCAUUUAUAAACAACUAUCAAUUUCUUCCAAGCAUACCUUUAGACAAACUGUUUUGUUCCGAAACUUCCGAGAACCCAAUUCUGGUAAUUGGCAUACUAAACAUCCCAAAACAAACUUCACCUGUAGACCUUUAUGAAGACUUCUCUCAAUAUGGAAAGAUUUUAGGAGCGGCCAUCAAUCAAACUCCGAAUCCAGAUCAAACGUUGUAUGCCGAACUGGCGGUCAACUCUCAUGAAGAUUGCUCAAAGAUUAUCGCUGCCUUUAAAAUUUUCUUAUACAAAGGAGUACAACUUCAGUUUUUUGUGAAACAGCCAACGCAAAGACAGGCACCACCCACAACCGUUCCUUCGACCCAGUCAACGAUUGUCCCCAUGCCUUUGUUACCAUUUGAACCCAUUGCUACUAUGGAACCGCCUGUAACAAUGAUUCCUCCUCCUCCUCCUUUCGUUUCACCUCCUGUUCCAAUGCCGACUGCCUUAAACGCAGUUGAUAAUAAUACUCCUCCAGCUCCCGACCCAUGUAAUAUAUUCGUCAAAAACAUUGAUGAUGAUGUCGUAGGAAAUUCUGAACAGUUUGAGGAAUUUUUCUCUCAGUUUGGUCGUGUGAAAUCAUGUGUUUUAGCAAGCUAUCCCAAUACUGGAAUAUCUAAGGGACACGGAUUCGUUUCCUUCAAUCAUCCAUCCGAAGCGAUGCAAGCUAUAUCAUAUUUAAACAAUACAUAUGUUGGCAAAAAGAGAAUAUUCGUUAGCUUUGCGGAAAAAAAAGAAGAAAGAAAGAAAAGACUAAAUGCUCUAUUCAAUCAAGAGCCGUCAUUAGCACCACCUGCUCCAACUGCUGUUCAGUUACCAGUUCCAUUUGACAUAUAUUCUCAAUAUAUGGCUGCUCCACCACCUCCGCCGGCAUCAAUGGCAAAUCCGCCUGUGUUUAUGGCCGAAAUAGAUCAAUUACAAUCGCAUCACACCAACGAAAAUGAGUAUAAUGUGAAGUCGAACUUGAAAGCAUCAAAGAGAAAUCCUAAACGAUCAAACGCACUUUCAUCUUUAACAAAUAUGGUUAACUGA